AUGUCUUCCGCAGCCUCAAUCAUGAGUCUCGAGAAGGCCGAGAAGAAAGAAGAGCCCUCAGCAACACCCCUACCCUUACCAACCGACGUCGAGAAGCAGCAGCCUGAACAGCCACCAGCCCAACCAGAGUAUGUCACCGGCUUCAAGCUAUGGACGAUGAUGGCCGGCGUCACGCUCGUCUGCUUUCUCAUGCUCCUCGACAUAUCAAUCGUCAGCACAGCGACCCCAAAGAUCACCAGCGACUUCCACUCUCUCACCAACGUCGGCUGGUACGGUGCCGCCUAUCAACUCGCCAGCGCCACCCUCCAACCUCUAACGGGGAAAAUCUACACCCAAUUCAACCUAAAAUGGUCCUUCUUCGCCUUCUUCCUGGUCUUCGAGAUCGGCUCUCUGCUCUGCGGCGUUGCUACAUCGUCAAACAUGCUCAUUGUCGGACGAGCCGUAGCAGGCAUAGGCGGCUCCGGACUACAGAACGGCGCCAUCACAAUCAUCACCAACGCUUCGCCAAUGCACAAGCGUCCAAUGCUUCUGGGCGUAGUCAUAGGGUUCGGUCAACUCGGCCUGGUCGCUGGACCGCUUAUCGGCGGCGUGCUAACCGAAUUCGCAUCUUGGAGAUGGUGCUUUUACAUUAACCUCCCCCUCGGCGCCGUCGUCGCCGCCCUCCUCGUCUUCACGCCCGUGCCCGAAUCCAUCCCCAAACCGCCCGCCCGCUCCGUCCUCCCAACCCUACACCACAAACUCGACCUCGUCGGCUUCAGCAUCUUCGCCCCCGCCGCGAUAAUGCUCCUCCUCGCCGUCCAAUGGGGCGGCAACGCCUAUCCCUGGGACAGCUCCGUCGUCAUCGGUCUCCUCUGCGGUUCUGUCGCCACAGCGCUCGUGUGGGGCGUGUGGAACUACCGCAAAGGCGACGAUGCGAUGCUGCCGUUCCCCAUGCUGCGGCGUCGGAACGUUUGGACUAGCUGUUUGGUAGGUGGAUCAUUAGGUGCGGCGAUGUACUGCAAUUCCUACUAUCUACCAAUCUACUUCCAAGGCGUGCGCAACAAAUCCCCCGCCAUCAGCGGCGUCUACCUCCUCCCCUCCAUCCUCUCCCAACUCAUCUCCGGCGUCGCCGUCGGCAAACUCAUGGGCGUAUUCGGCUACUACCUCCCCUGGGGCGUGGCAUCCGGCGCUCUCCAAGCCAUCGGCUACGGCCUCCUCUCCACCCUCCACCCCCACAGCAGCGCAGGCGCAUGGAUCGGCUACCAGAUCAUCGCUGGCAUCGGACGGGGCUUCGCGAUGACGAUCCCCUUCAUCGCGAUCCAGAAUACGCUCCAACCGGCCCAGAUCCCCGUGGCGAUGAGUCUAGCCAUCGCGGCGCAGACGUUCUUCGGCGCGGUGUUCCUGAGCUUCGCGGACACGAUCUUUACCAAUAGUCUCCGCUCUCUUGUCGCCAGCACCGUGGGCAGCGCCAACGCAGCGACUGUGGCGCAUGCAGGGGCGUAUGCGUUUCGGAGAGUGGUGCCGAAGGGCGAUUUGGCGGAUGUACUGGUGGCUUACUCCAAGUCUAUUGAUCGGGUGUUCUAUAUGUGCGUUGGGUUGGCGGGGGCGUGCUUUGUGUCUUCAUGGGGUCUGGGGUGGGUCGAUAUUAGACAGAACAAGCCUAAGAAGGCUGAGGAGGCCAGGGAGAAAUGA